UUUUAUUAUAUGUUCUUAUAUUAUUUUAUUUUAAAUUUAUGUAAUUAUUCAGCCUUUUGUUCUUCAUUUUUUAAAGAAUGUAUAAGAAACACGUUGUAUAGAUGCAUCGUGAAUCUGCAUUUAACGAUGGUUACGCCUAUGAUUUAUGAUAGGUUAAAGUGUUUAUGUUGAUUCGUUAAUACUAAAAGAAUAUUUUACUAUGCCACUUAUUAUUAUUACUGGUAUACCGUGUAGUAGUAAAACAACACGAACUUUUGAAUUAAAGGAAUAUUUUAUGAACAAAGGAAAGAAUGUAAAAGUUAUAAGUGAAAUUGAUGUUGUUACUAAAAGAGGUUUCGAUCGAAAUAAAUUUUAUGCUGAUUCUAAAAACGAAAAAAGUGUGAGAAGUGACAUAAAGUCAGCAGCUCAGCGAAUAUUAAACACAAAUGAUAUAUUAAUUAUCGACGGUAGUAAUUAUAUUAAAGGAUAUCGUUAUGAGAUAUAUUGUAUGACAAAACUAUACAAAACUCCUCAGUGUACAAUAUUUUGUGAUAUACCAGUUGAGCAUGCUUGGUUGUGGAAUGAGAAAAGACCAAAAUAUGAACAAUAUAGCAGAGAAAUUUUUGAUGCACUUGUAAUGAGAUAUGAAACACCGGACAAUAAAAACCGUUGGGAUAUACCGUUAUUUGCUGUAUCAGCAGAAGAUGAUUUAAAAUUUGAUGAAAUUUAUAAAUCGUUGUAUGAAAUAAAAGCACCAAAACCAAAUUUAAGUACACAAUGUCCACCAUUGUCACCUACUAAUUAUUUAUAUGAAUUGGAUACUAUAACUCAAGAAGUAGCUAAUGCAAUAUUAUCAGCUAAGCAAUUGGGUAUUGAAAGUGAAUUUAAGAUACCAGGAUAUAAUUUAACAGUACAGAAUCCAUGUACUGCAGCACAGCUUAUGAGGCUACGAAGACAAUUUUUAACUUAUAGUAAAAUGCAACAAAUUGAAAUUAACCAAAUUGCAUUAUUAUUUGUACAAUAUCUUAAUAAAAGUUUGUAAAUAAAGAA